AGAUCCCGUUUAUUAUUAAAAUCCAAAAAAAAAGUCCCGAAAACGAAUCAGUAUAAUACAUAAUCAGGAAGGGAAAUAUUAAAUUAACUAAAUAGGAUGAAUGGAACAACUAAUAAAACUGACGCAACAAAAAGCCAUGUUGGAAUCCAUCAUUCUUCUGCGAGAAUCAAAUUAGGCAACGCGUUAAAGAAGAAUUGAGUAUCAUUAACCUAAAACGGAUUCCGGCAAAAAUAUAUUUUUGUAGAAGUUUUUAUCGUAAUUUCCUUAUUUUUUCCACUAAACCGCGCUUUAAAAUCGUUAUCUAAACUUCACGCAAUGCCCACAAUAGGAGUCAAGAGAGAUUUGUUAUAUAAAUCGUUGGGAAAGACGUACACAGACGAACAGUUCGCGAAAUUAUGUUUCGAGUUUGGGUUAGAGUUGGACGAAGUGACUACAGAGAAACAAAUAUUGACCAAGGAACGGGGGGAAGAUUCGCUCCUCGCCACCGAUGCGUCCGAUGAAACUAUAUAUCGCAUAGAAAUUCCGGCGAAUCGGUACGAUUUGCUCUGUCUGGAAGGUUUAGUUCUGGGCUUGCAAAUAUUCCAGGGCAAAAUAUCACCGCCACGUUUUAAAGCGCUACAGCCCCUUGAAGGCAAGGUGGAACAACUUGUCAUCAAGUCAAAUACUACACAAAUUCGCCCAUACGCUGUUGCCGCUAUUUUAAGGGGCGUGACAUUUACCCAGGACUCGUAUAACAGUUUCAUAGACUUGCAGGACAAAUUACACCAGAAUAUUUGCCGUAAGAGGAGCUUAGUGGCAAUUGGUACUCAUGAUUAUGAUACUGUGAAGGGACCUUUUGAAUAUGAUGCAAAAGCUCCGAAGGAAAUUAAAUUUGUACCUCUGUACCAAGAGAAAGAAUAUAAUGGGGAGGAAUUGAUGGCUUUGUACUCUACUCACGCUCAACUAAAACAUUACCUGCCUAUUAUUAAAGAUAGUCCAGUAUAUCCUGUGAUUACAGACAGUAAUGGUAUUGUCCUCUCCCUUCCGCCGAUAAUAAAUGGCAAUCAUUCAAAAAUCACACUGAAAACUAAGAAUAUUUUCAUCGAGUGCACAGCCACCGACCUGACCAAGGCCAAGAUUGUCUUGGACACAAUGGUUUGCAUGUUUAGCGGGUACUGUUUGGAAAAAUUCACUGCAGAGUAUGUGCAAAUCGUAAAUCCCGACGGAAACACAAUUUUGUGUCCAGGGUUGAAAUAUAGGAACGAGACGAUAUCCUUGAAAAAAGCAAACAAACUGAUUGGCAUUAACGAAUCCGGCGACAAAGUUGCCAGGCUUCUUUCGCGAAUGUGUCUGGAAUCAAAAGUGCUGCCCUCCAGGAACCAGAUCAAGGUCACAGUUCCACCCACUCGGCACGACGUCAUACACGCAUGCGACGUCUAUGAGGACGUCGGUAUCGCCUACGGCUACAACAAUAUCAAAAAAACCUUACCCCAAACCAGCACUAUAGGUGAACAGUUGCCGAUAAACAAACUGUCCGACUUGCUGAGGCACCCAAUUGCGGAAGCCGGUUUCACGGAGGCCCUUACGUUUACCUUGUGUUCGAGGGACGACGUUUCCACAAAAUUGGGCAUCAAAUCGAUUGAGCAGGUUCCCGCGGUGCACAUUUCAAACCCGAAGACUCUAGAGUUCCAGGUGUGUCGUACAACACUGUUGCCCGGUAUUCUGAAGACCAUCGCGGCAAACAAGAAGAUGCCGUUGCCGCUGAAAAUAUUCGAAGUCUCGGACGUCGUUAUAAAGGAUCCGAAAGCAGAGGUCGGCGCCCGCAAUGAGCGACGCGUAUGCGCCGUGAACUUCAACAAGAACGCCGGUUUCGAGGUCGUCCACGGCCUGCUCGAUCGAGUUAUGUUACUGUUGGAGGUGCCCUGGUCGCCUGAAAAGUCAGACCAUGGUUAUUAUCUAAAGGCAGUUGACGACCCGACGUAUUUCCCGGGACGGUGCGCGGAAAUCGUCUAUAACGGAAAGCGGUUAGGAAAGAUCGGCGUGUUGCACCCCUACGUGCUCGCGCAGUUCGAACUGAACAAUCCGUGUUCAGCGGUCGAGUUCAGCAUCGAACCAUUCUUGUAACAAGCCGCAAUAAACGUGGUAGUUAACAUGGAAAUGUGUUUUUUGUAUGCGC